AUGCCCCUCUGUUGGGAAGCUGUGGACUGGCACUUAAACAUCAGAACACUUACUGAUGAUGUGCUGGAUAGGUUUGCCAGUAUCCGUAUUCCCGGCAGUAAGAAGGAGCGUCCGCCACUCUCCCACAUGAAGCACUCGUCCUCCAGUGAAUGGUCCUACUCGUCCGAGUUUGAGGAGCUUUCCUCUAAAAUCACCUCAGAGAAGGAGAUCCUUGCACUCUUUGAGAAGAUGAUGGAGGAUAUGAAUUUGAAUGAAGAGAAGAAAGCACCACUGAGAGAAAAGGACCUGAGCAAGAAGAGAGACAUGGUCAUUCAGUACAUCAUCACUGCCGCAAAAACAGGCAGCCUACGGAGCAGCAGUCAUCAGAUCUCUCCUCAGGAGUUCUUAAGUGAGCUAAAGAGUGGGGCUGCAGAUGAGAGGCUGUUUGCUUGCCUGGACUCCCUUAGGGUCUCUCUCACCAGUAACCCUGUGAGCUGGGUGCAGAGUUUUGGCCAUGAAGGACUUGGAUUGCUACUGGACACACUGGAGAAGCUCCUUCACAAAAAACACCAGGAGAAGGUUGAUAAGAAGAGUCAGCACAAAGUCAUUCAGUGCCUCAAGGCCUUCAUGAACAACAAGUAUGGUCUGGAGAGGAUCAUCGGGGAAGAGAAGAGCCUGACCCUGUUGGCCAGGGCUAUAGAUCCCUGUCAGCCUGCCAUGAUGACUGAUGUGGUGAAGCUCCUCUCUGCGAUCUGUAUAGUGGGCGAAGAGAACACUUUGGAGAGGGUCCUUGAAGCCAUCACGUCAGCCGGAGAGCGGAGGGGCACGGGACGCUUCAGCCCCAUCGUCCAAGGCCUCGGCGACCGCUCCGUCCAGUUACAGGUGGCCUGUAUGCAGCUCAUCAACGCUCUUGUUACGUCUCCUGAUGAGUUGGACUUCAGGCUGCACAUCCGAAAUGAAUUUAUGCGCUGCGGCCUACGAGAGAUAUUGCCGCAUCUGAAUGCUGUCAGGAAUGAAGCGUUAGACAUUCAACUAAAGGUGUUUGAGGAGCACAAGGAAGAAGACAUGAUUGAGUUUUCCCACCGUCUGGAAGAUAUAAAAGGUGAACUGGAUGAUGUUGGAGAUGUGUUUAACAUUGUCCACAGUAUGGUGAAGGACACCAGUGCAGAAACUCAUUUUCUAUCCAUAUUACAGCACCUGAUGCUUGUAAGAAACGACUACUAUGUACGGCCUCAGUAUUUUAAGAUUAUUGAGGAGUGCGUGUCUCAGAUUGUUCUCCACCGUAACGGCCUAGACCCAGACUUCUCCUACAGGAAACGACUGGAUGUUGACUUCAGCCAUCUCCUAGAGGUGUGUGUAGAUAAGGCAAGAGCUGAUGAGUGUGAACAGAGAGCCUCAGAACUAGCUCAGAAGUUUGAUGAAGAAUUCAUGAGAAGACAAGAGGCUCAGGCCCAGCUAGUGAAGAAGGAUGAGAAAAUCACUGAGCUGGAAGCUGAGGUACUCGCCUUCAGAUCUCAGUUUGGAGCAAUUCCAGUGGUCUUACCCACAGCCCAGCCCGCCCAGGCCUUGUCGUCCUCGUCUUCCUUCCCUCCUGUCCCUCCACCUCCUCCACCUGCCCCAGGGUCUCAAGUACCUCCUCCUCCACCCCCACCGCCACCCCUCCCAGGCUGUGCCCCAAUACCCACAGUGCCUCCACCUUUUGGCGUGCCCCCACCUCCCCCUCCAGGACUGGGGGGUCUGCUGUCCUCACCCACACACCAUGCGCUGCCUUUUGGCCUCCGGCCCAAAAAAGAGUUCAAGCCCGAGACCUCCAUGAAGCGCUUCAACUGGUCCAAGAUUCGACCGCAGGAGAUGUCCGAGAACUGUUUCUGGGUCAUUGCCAAUGAAGGCCUCUAUGAGAAUGAAGAUGUACUCUCCAGGCUGGCUCUUACCUUUGGCACACAGAGAUCUGAGCCCAAAGUCUGUGAAGAGAAGGAGCUUGUAGAGGAGCUUCCGAAGCCCACCAGGCGAGAGGAGGAAGAGACGGAAGAGAAGAAAUCCAUCAAGAAGAGAAUCAAAGAGCUGAAAGUGCUGGAUCCAAAGAUAGCUCAGAACCUGUCCAUCUUCUUGGGCUCAUUCCGAAUGCCGUAUCAGGAAAUCCGCAGGAUGAUUUUGGAAGUCGAUGAGGAGCAGCUCACCGAGCCUAUGAUCCAGAACCUGGUGAAGCAUCUUCCAGAACAGGUGCAGUUAAACGCACUGGUGAAAUACAAGUGCGAGUAUGCCAACCUCUGUGAGCCUGAACAGUUUGGGGUUGUGAUGAGCAGCGUGAAGAGGCUGAGGCCAAGGCUAAACUCCAUUCUCUUUAAGCUGCAGUUUGAUGAGCAAGUGAACAACAUCAGACCGGACAUCAUGGCAGUGAACGCGGCCUGUGAGGAGGUCAGGAAGAGCAAGAGCUUUAGCCGACUGCUAGAACUGGUCCUUCUCAUGGGCAACUACAUGAACGCUGGCUCCCGCAAUGCCCAGUCCUAUGGCUUUGACCUCAGCUCCCUCUGCAAGCUGAAGGACACUAAGUCUACUGAUCAGAAGUCCACUCUCCUGCACUUCUUGGCUGAACUGUGUGAGGAGAAGUAUCCAGAUGUGCUCAAAUUUAUAGAUGACCUAGAACAUGUUGACAGAGCCAGUCGAGUGUCAGCAGAAAACUUGGAGAAGAGCCUGAGACAGAUGGAAAGGCAGCUAGUGCAACUGGAGAGAGAUCUGGAAACCUUCAGCUCCCCUGAUGACCCGCAAGAUUUGUUCCACACAAAGAUGGCCAGCUUUGCCAUGCAUGCCAGAGAACAGUACCAGAAGCUGGUCAUCAUGCACAGCAAUAUGGACACUCUGUACCAGAACAUGGUGGAGUACUUCGCCAUCGAUCCCAAAAAGACCUCCGUCGAAGAGCUCUUCACCGACCUCAGCAACUUCAGGGCCAUGUUUAUGCAAGCCUCGAAGGAGAACAUGAGGAGAAGGGAGGCAGAGGAGAAGCAGAGGAGAGCACGGGCAGCCAAAGAGAAAGCCGAACGAGAGAAGCAGGAACGGCAGAUGAAGAAAAAGAGGCUUCUGGAAGUGAACACAGAAAACGAUGAGACUGGUGUGAUGGAUAGCCUGCUGGAGGCCCUCCAGUCUGGAGCAGCAUUCAGAGAUCGACGGAAGAGAGCACCCAGGCCCAGAGAGGAGCCAGAGCAAACGGCCAGGCGCAGCCCGCAGAGGCCCGUUCUCAAGGAGUACAAUCAUGAAAACACGAAGGCACCUUUGCAAAGGUCACGGUCUCGGCAGAAUAUCAAUUUCAGCUCGGCGCGAGCGUCCACUGCCAAACAGGCUCAUUAUGAGGCUGAAGCCCAUCUGUCUGCAGCCAGAAAAGCAGGCACAGGAAGACAAGAGCCAGCCCACCGCCCCGACACAGAGAGGGAGAAAGAAAGAGAGCUUCAGAAAGAGAGAGAGAAGGAGACGUCUCAUCCCGUCUGCUCCGCCAACGGAGACACCGACGUGGAGGCUUUGCUCGCCCGACUCCGCGCUCUGUGA